CCACCGUUCGCCGCUCAGUUCACACGUCGCGCCAAGAGGCAAUAGCAAUCCCGUAGUGCCUGGAUCAUCCCGACUUUUAUCGGGGAUCCCAUUGAGCCAUUGUUGUGGAACUACUUGGACAGUAGUAAUGCCACCGAAUGCCAACACGUCUGGCCAAUUUCGGUUAAUUGGAACGUGAUUUAUGUGGGGCAACGGAGUGAAUAGCUCCUAUUCCGAGCGCCCUAGCUGUCCAUGCCCAGCUGGCCAGUCAGUCAACAGCGGAACCCAGCCAAUGCCGGUUUGAUAAGCGCCGCACGAGCGUGAUAAGAGCGGGAAGAAGGCGCCAAGUCGUAAAGCGAGUGUGUGCAGAAACCGAACUAGAAAUAGAAUUCGAAAUCAAAACUGGCCUUGCCAAUUCGCGUAUCUCGAUAAUUAGUAUAUGAUCAUUAAUCAAGGGGCAAUAUUAGAAGUAUAAACAAAACGACGGGCAAAAACGAUGGCCAAACGCAAGAGCUUAACCCACGACAGCCCGUCGAUGGAACUGGAGCUGCCGCUGCUGGCGCCGCAGGAGCGGAGUCAGCGGAGCAGGAGCGGGACAAUUCCUUUGUGCAUCAUGCACGACUCCGCCAAACAAUCCCCCACAACCAGCCCCACCAUCCCGCCCAAACAGCAGGCAGCGACGCCUCAGUCGCCAGCAGCGGCGGUGAGCGGACUGGAUCCGGCGGACGAUGAGGACGAGACCGACGUGAUCGGCGACCUGAUGGGCCACUACGGCAAGUGGCAGUUGCUGAUGACGGUGCUGCUGUCGCUCUUCCAGGUGCCCAACACCUUCCACAUAUCCUCGUCCAUCUACCAGGCGGCGAACAAGGACUUUUGGUGCCAGCGCCCAGCGCAAUUCCAGCACAUGCAAGUGGCCACCUGGCGGAACUUAAGUGGCUCCGUCGACAACUGCCGGCGAUGGGAGGGCAUCGAUUGGAGUCAAGUGAGCAAUGAAACCACGCUGCCAUCAGACUGGAAGACACCAGCGGAGAUGGAUAAAAAGUUGGUGGCCUGCGAGAAAUGGGAGUACGAGACCAACGACAAUGUCGGCAACACCUGGACAUCGCAGUGGGAUCUGGUCUGCGAGAAGGAGCACCUAAAGAACGUGGCCGAGAUGUUCUUCCUGCUGGGCGUGGCAACAGGUGGCAUUAUCUCCGGCUAUUUAUCGGACAAGUUCGGCCGCAAGACAAUGCUCUUCAUAUCGGCCGUGCUGCAGACCAUAUUCGGUCUCUGGCUCUAUAUCUGCAGCUCCUUUGAGCUUUAUCUCACACUUCGCGCUCUGCUUGGUCUGGUAUCGGUAUCGGUCACCUACUCCGGUCUGAUCCUAGCCAUUGAGUAUGUGGAUGGCAAGUGGAGAACCAUCGCCGGAAUGUACAACCUGUUUCCACUGCCAAUCUCCUACAUGAUCAUCUCGGGCCUGGCCUAUCUCACCCAGGAUUAUCAACGCCUACAGCUGUGCAUCGGCAUUCCGGGGAUCUUCCUGUGCUUUCUUUGGUUUGUGGUGCCGGAAUCGCCGCGCUGGCUGCUGGUCAAGGGUCGAAUUGAUGAAGUGCGUCGAAUUAUUGAGGCGGCCGCCAAGUUCAAUGGUCGCCAGCUGCCCGCCGAUUAUCAGCUGACGCCGCCGACGCAGGAGAGCAGUACGCAGGACGUUACCUACCUGUUCCGCUCCAGUUACCUGCGCCGCAUCUCCAUCUGCUUCUUCUGCAUCUGGUUCACCAUGAAUCUGGUCUACUACGGCAUUAUUCUUAACAUGAGCUCCUUUGGCGGCAAUGUCUACUUGAAUUCGGCGCUAGCUGGCCUAGUCGAAAUACCCGCCAUCGCCGUGGCCAUGUACAUCAUCACCAAAGUGGGCAAGAAGUGGCUCUUUUGCGCCACUUUGAUCUGUGCCGGCGUCGCCUGCUGCUGUGCGGCGAUCACCGAGGGGCAUGCGGAUCUGCUCUGGCUGAAGAUCACAUUCCUGAUGAUGGGCAAGUUCACCAUCAGUGCUGGCAAUACCAUAAUGCCGGUGUACACGGCGGAACUGUAUCCCACGCCCAUACGCAAUGUGGGCGUGGGUGCCUGCAAUGUGGCCGCCGGUUUGGCCUUGAUCCUCACACCUUACCUGUCGCUACUGAACAAGAUCGAGGGCCACCUCUUGAUGACCCUGCUCACCGCCUGGAGCAUCUUUGGCGGCUUUGUGGUGCUCUUCCUGCCCGAAACCGCUGUGCGUCAGAAGACAGACAACCAGGGUGGCUCAAGUGCCAAUGCCAGUGCCGCCAAGCAGGUGUAAUGACCGCCAUUGCCAAUCCUAACCUGCUCAGCCCCCGAGGAAUAAAGUAUUUUGGCUGGUCCAAAGUAUGCCGAUUAGAAGUCAGCGUAGCCAACGCAGUUGCUGACUCUCUGCCCCCCACUUAACCCCCAACCUGCCACGCCACCCGACAUAUCCACCGCCUGAAGCCACCUGAAAUGUAUGGUAACGAUUCGAUGAAUGUCCAAAAGUAAUGCCAAUUCGCUAGAGAACGUCACAUGUCAGGCAGGACCUUGUUUGCGUAGCACGUAGUGAGUAUGUAUCUUAACAAUUAACUAACAACAAUGGCUUGUAGCUUAUGUCAUAAUCUAAGUACUGAAAACACACAGAACACCCAGAAUGUUACCAAAAACACUCGAAGUAGCUUAAGUUCUUCGGUUCCCAUCGAAGGUUAUAAAUUUGACCCAAGUUUAGGGAGGGUUUGCAAUGGGAGUUUACAAAUUUAUUUUAAUACAGCUUUAUUAUAUUAUUUCAUAAUUUUAUUUAAAUGGUUUUAAAAAUAAGGAAGUAUUUUUUUGUACGAAAUUGCGCCACAAGCUCCCUAGGAAAAAUAAUAAAUGGAACAUUUUUGAAAUUA